AUGCCUAUGAGACUGUUUAGUGGGUAUGAGGGCCGAAAAUUCCGCGUACACGCAAAAGUCCGGCUGGCAUUCACGUCCGAAGACAUACCCGAAGUCAUUGUGGAUUCGGGUGUGAUAGCCGUCGGUAUUGAGAGUCUGCGCAAGGAUAAACGUAUGCGGUGA